GUCACGCACGACAUGCUGUCAUCAGUCGCUGCCUCGAGGCAAUAAUAGCGAGAGAAUCGAAGCCGGCCUAUCCACUCACCCUAACAGACUCCGACUGCAAAGCACCUGGCAGAAUGAAGCUACAAGUUGUCCAAGUUGUGGUGGUGGCGGCCUUGAUGGUCAGCCUCUGCCGGGCCUACACGGCGAAGAGGGAAGAGUGUCCUCUCAGUUGGCAGAGGUUCGAAGACAGCUGCUACUCCCUCAUUCAACACACCCAGAACUGGAAUUGUGCCGAGAUGACCUGCCAACAGUUGGGAGGACAUCUGGUUUCGAUCGAGAGCGGGAGCGAGAAUACCUUCGUGGUACAGAUGAUAGCAUCACAAGGAGGGUGCAAAGCAACUUCUCAUGUCUGGAACGGACUGAGCGACAUAGCGACGGAAGGGACUUUCGUGUGGUCAGAAACUAACCAGCCCUUCGUCUUCAAUGGCUUCGGUAGUGGACAACCAGAUAACUACAACAACAAUGAAGACUGCACUGAGAUCCAUGGUGGUACCUGGAAUGACCUGCCCUGCAGCAAACACGCCUGCUCCGUUUGCGAAAUGCCUGUGCAGAUUAUCACUCAGUAUGUCUUAUCCAGCUCCGGUGGAGUAACUCAAUAGUCACACUGAAUCUCACUGGAAAAAAAAUUUUCAUGGUGAUAAAAAAAGAAUAAUUAAAAACUGAAGAUUAAGAACCAAGCAUGCUUUUCCAAUAGACUUUAAAUUACAACCAAGUUCAACCAUUGAAAACAUUUUAGUCAUCUAAAAGUCCUGCAGGUUAAAAGCGCAUAAUGGCUAAAAAAUAUAACGUUUAAUAUUAAAUAAUAAAAUGUCUCCUUAAUCCAAUUAUACUAACAAAUAGGUAAGUGUUGCCGGCUUGAUCCAAGUGACUUUUUGAUGAGCAAUUUACGUGAACAGUCAGUACACGAAAAUGUAUCCUCACUUUUGAAUGAACCUACCAACAAGGGAAUUGCAUUUAUCGCACCACUAAAUUUAGAUAAACAAGUUUUCUUUAAAAUUGUAUGAUUAUAAAAUAAUAAUAUGAUUAUUAUAUAUACGAUCGGUCGAAUCAAGAGCCCAUACUGACAUUUAUUGAAGGGUUAUAACGGGAGAGCGAUUUGUUGCCCUUCAAUUUUCUGAAGAAAGCUCUGGGUCAAACUAUAUUACCGCUGCGGCGCAC